AUGCUGGGAAACAUGGGCAUAGAAUUCACAGAAGAGGAACUUGAGAAGCUAAAGCAGCAUCUACCAAUUGAUGUUCAUGAAAAGAUGAAUCAUGAGAUGGUGAUGGAAGCCUUGAAGAAUUUUAAAGGAGGAAAGGUGAAUGCCAAUAAUUUGGAUGUGGUUCUGAAAAAUAUGGGGAUCAAAUUCACGAAUGAGGAACUAAAGGAAAUUUUGAAACAAUUGCCAGUGAAUGCCAAUGGGAAGGUCGAGAUGAGCAAUUUGAUGGACUCUAUACAGGCUGUUAAAGGAGAAAAGAUUGCCAUCACUGACAUAGACAACCUUCUGAAAAAUACAGGAAUUGAAUUGUCAGAUCAGGAAUUUCAAGAGCUGAUGAAAAACCUGCCAGUUGAUGCCAAAGGGAACGUCCUUCUUAAUAAACUUAUGGAAAACUUGCAGACUUCUAAAGGAGGCAAGGUCAAUGUCCAUAACUUGGAUGACUUUCUGAAUAAUAUGGGGAUCAAGAUCACAGAUGAAGACUUUAAAGAGCUGAAGAAAAAUUUGCCAGUGGAUGAAAAGCAUGAUAUCAGUGAUGUGGAAAAUGUCCUGAGGAGCAUGGGCCUGGAGUUCACUAAGAGCAAGCUUGAGGAGCUGCAGAAAAACUUGCCAGUUGAUGAUAAUGGGAAGGUGAAUCUGAAAAACUUAAUGAAUGCUGUGCAGAAUCUCAGCGAAAACAUUGAUGUUCAAAACUUGGAAAACUUUCUGAAGGACAUGGGGAUCAUACUCACAGAAGAUGAAUAUCAGGAUCUCCUGAAACACCUGCCAAUUGAUACCAAAGGAAAGGUGAAUGAGGAAAUUAUAAUGAAUGCCUUGCAGAAUCUCAGUGGAGGGAAUGUUAACAUUAACAAUCUGGACAAAGUUCUGGGAAACCUGGGGAUCAAGCUCACAGAUGGCAAAAUUGAGGAGCUAUUGAGUCACCUGCCAGUUGAUGCUUAUGGGAAAGUUGCCCUCAAUGAAGUUAUGGAUAAUGUGAAAUCUAUUAAAGAAAACAUUGAUGCUCAAAAUCUGGAAAACUUUCUGAAGGACAUGGGGAUCAUACUCACAGAAGGUGAAUAUCAGGAUCUCCUGAAACAUCUGCGAAUUGAUGCCCUAGGGAAGAUAAAUAAGAAAGCCCUUAUGAAUGCUGUGAAGAAACUCAAUGGAGGGAAUAUUGAUAUUAACAACUUGGACAAGGUUCUGGGAAACCUGGGGAUCAAGCUCACAGGUAUCGAAAUUGAGGAGCUAUUGAGUAACCUGCCUGUUAAUGAAAACAUUGAUGCUCGAAACCUGGAAAACUUUCUGAAGGACAUGGGGAUCAUACUCACAGAAGGUGAAUAUCAGGAUCUCCUGAAAUACCUGCCAAUUGAUGGAGGGAAUGUUAACAUUAACAACGUGGAAAAUGUUCUGGGAAACCUGGGGAUCAAGCUCACAGAUGGAGAAAUUGAGGAGCUAUUGAAUAACCUGCCAGUUGAUGCUGAUGGGAUGAUCACCCUGAAAAAAGUUAUGGAUAACGUGAAAUCCAUUAAAGAAAACACUGAUGCUCAAAACCUGGAAAACUUUCUGAAGGACAUGGGGAUCAUACUCACAGAAGAUGAAUAUCAGGAUCUCCUGAAAUACCUGCCAAUUGAUGCCAAUGGGAAGGUGAAGCUGAAAAAUGUAAUGAAUGCCUUGCAGAAUCUCAGCGGAGGGAAUGUUGAUAUUAACAACUUGGACAAGGUUCUGGGAAACCUGGGGAUCAAGCUCACAGGUAUCGAAAUUGAGGAGCUAUUGAGUAACCUGCCUGUUAAUGCUAUUGGAAGGGUCGACCUGAAAAAACUUUUGGAUAAUGUGAAAUCUAUUAAAGAAAACAUUGAUGUUCAAAAUUUGGAAAACUUUCUGAAGGACAUGGGGAUCACACUUACAGAAGAAGAACAUCAGGAUCUCCUGAAACACCUGCCAAUUGAUGCCAAAGGGAAGAUAAAUAAGAAAAACAUAAUGAAUGCUGUGAAGACUCUCCAUGGAGGGAAUGUUAACAUUAACAACCUGUACAAGGUUCUGGAAAACCUGGGGAUCAAGCUCACAGAUCAAGAAAUUGAGGAGCUAUUGAGUCACCUUCCAGUUGAUGCUGAUGGGAAGGUCGCCCUGAAUAAAAUUAUGGAUGACGUGAAAUCUAUUAAAAAAAACAUUGAUGCUCGAAACCUGGAAAACUUUCUGAAGGACAUGAGGAUCACACUCACAGAAGAUGAAUAUCAGAAUCUCCUGAAACACCUGCCAAUUGAUGACAACAGAAAGGUCAAGAAGAAUAAGUUGAUGAAUUGCCUGAAGGAUCUUAAAGGAGUAAAGGUUGAUAUCCAUGAACUGAAAAAUGUCCUGAGGAACCUGGGGAUGGAUCUUACAGAUCAGCAGUUUCAGUUGCUGCUAACAGUUAUCCCACUUGAUUAUGAUGGGAAAGUGGAUCUAAACAAAUUGAUAGAAUUUUCAAAGGCCAUUAAAGACGGAGUCACCAGCCAAAUGUCGGCUUCUUCCGAUUCUAAGCUAAAAUAUAAGCUGAAACCCUUGACAAAAAUUCCAUCGUCUCACAUCAGGGGUAAAGAUUUCCAAGGCUUUCUUCAGGACCAUGGUAAACACAAAGAGCGAUUAACUCAAGGACAACUAGAAGCAUUCCUGGAUGCCUUUAAGAGCUUUGAGAAGGAUGAAACUGGCUGCAUUGAUUCACAGGGAUUACAGUCCUCUGCAGCUAAAUUGGGGAUUGAGCUAACGAACCAAGAAAUCCAGGAUGAACUUGAAUUUGCUGAUAUUGACAGAGACGGAAAGCUGAAUUUUUCAGACUUUCUCACUGUUUUAACAGAAGAUGAUCGCUUUAUCCAGGCUGUUGUCCCAGAAACUGACUCCAACUCAGAUCUUGUUGAUUCUACGGGAAUCCUGCUUUUUGAAAUGCUGUCAAAGCUGGUGGAAACUUCAGCACUGCCCAGGAAAUGUAUGGUAGACAUAGUAUGUUAUUACCGCAAAAAAUAUGAGGCUGCCAGCAGGCCACUGUGGAAGUGCUACGAUGCUGGUAGUAAAAAGAGGCGCAAGUCCAGGAGGGUGUCAGUUACUGAACAGGGAACCAGCACAGCUGCCUUUGCUGAUGCCUCCCGCAUUGCAAUGGGCGAGAAGGAUUUGGUGAAAUUCCUGGAAGAGCUCAAGAGAUGCAGUCCCGCCUCUGACAGUCCGUAUGCUAAAAUACCCAUCUUCCCACUGUUUCCAAAUAUGGAUGGGACAGUUAUGGGAAAGUCAUUCAAAGAUUUACAAAGGUUGGAGGUGCUGAGGAAAAGACAGCCUUUACAUUUCUUCGAAGACUAUUUUUUCCAUAAAAAAAACUGGAAGGCACAGGCUGCAUCCUUUAAACCUUUAGAAAAUUCAAACUGGCCAGAAGAGAUUAUCAAUAUUGAUCACACGAUCAAGAAAAAGCGGCAAUGGAAUGUAGCUGAAGCAGCCUGUCUACGGCAACAGGUAAAGAAAGCUACUGAUGCAUACCAUUUGGGAGUUUCUCUUGGGCACCGGAAAAACAUGCUCAACUUCUGGCGCAAAAUUCGAGGUGAUCUGAUUGGGCUAGAAAGUGGAAAGGAGUCCUUUUAUGAUACCUUCUCUACUUACACAUGGUCCUGGAAUGUUUGCCAAGAGUUACUUUCAAGUAAAGACUUAAAGUUGUAUAAUGCCCGAACAAAUAGAUAUUCCCAUACAAGAGCCCUCUUCUCUUCCUUCCCUCACAUCACAGAAUCUGACAUAGAAUUAGGAAGGAAAAGAAAAAGGAAGAGAAAUCUGAGAGGACAAACACAGUGAAGGUGCUAUGUUUUCUAAAAACAACACACUGUAAGCUACUUUUUCAUAGUUAUGAGUGUUAUGGUUUUGUCUAAUACAUUCUUAUCAGCUGGAAAUGAAUGACAUCUUUUGAAUUCUGCCCAAUAAAAAAAUAAGUAU